AUGCACAUCUUAAUCCUUGAAACCGUGGAAAAGCAAGCCAAUUCUUCUGAGCUCGGGGACAAGAAGCGACCUCCCUCUAGCCGUAAACUGCUCCGAACCACUGUCCUCCUCUACCGUAAAGGAGGUCUCCGUCUUUUUGUGAAUGGCAUCGGUUCCGCCUGUACCUACUGGGCAAUGCAGUCCUCGAUAACGAAACUAUCGACUAUUCUACUUCCUGGUCCGGUCGCGUAUAUUAUUGCAUCGGUACUGCUCGCUGAGACCCGUUUCUUCUGGACUGUGCGCACCGUCAUUCCGCGCGACCAGCUAGACUUCGUGCCCUACACCCGCGACCGCCAACGAUGGAAAGCCCUGGUGUUCCCCACUUUGAUCUAUGCCGCGGCCGAGUCGGUGAUGAUGUAUGUGCCGGCUCUAUUUGACAGCAGCCUUGCCCCAUCGUCGGACGAGGAAGUCACUAUAGCCGGGCUGUCGUACAUUGUGAGAUCGGACAUCCUGAUAUCGGGGUUCAUGCUCUCUGUCCAGCUGUUUCUCCUCCUGCCUUCUUAUAUGGUGUUAAUCCUGACCCAGGCCAGUCUGCUGCCGCCAAAUUGCGAGACGCUGAUCUUUGCCCCGGGACAGCAGCAUCGGGGUAGACGGGUGGGAGAGAUCUUUCCGACAGUCAACCGAGGACCCCUACAAGCACAGGAGGCGGUGCAGAUGAUUGGCGUGGGACAGUUGCUCUGGUAUCUGGAACUGCAUGAAAAGAUGUGUUUAUGUUUGGUUGUGGUUUCUGCUGUAGUGCAUUCGUUAGUCUACUCUAUGUUGUAG